UUAGGUUGGUUAGGUCAUAGGACUAGGUUCACUAAAACAGUCUUUGAUCUGUAUUAUUUUGAAACCUCCCUGCCCCCAAAAUUGAAAAAGAGAAAAGGUUCCAGGUUCUUUGUCACCCAUUUUGGUCACUCUUCAUCUCUUUCCCUUGUUUUGAACAGACAAUAUCGGGAUUAUAUGCAGAAACUUCUGGAAUAUCUUAUAUACUUUUUUGAGCGGACGGAGCCUUUGCAAGAUCUUGGACGAAUAUUUUCAAAGGUUGUAACUGAAUUUGAAGAGCUAUGGACCAGUGGACUGAUUCAAGGAUCGCAGAAUGAGAAUCAUGAAAAUGGGAAUGUCAAACAGCAUGAGGCAUUGAUUGAUCUUGAUUAUUACAGUACAGUCGAACAGCUAAUGGAAGUAGGACCUGCAAAGUUAAAGGAGGCAUUGUCUGCUCUUGGUCUGAAGACGGGUGGUACUGUACAACAGCGUGCAGAAAGGCUUUUUCUUACAAAGCAUACACCACUUGAGAAAUUGGAUCUGAAACAUUUCGUCAAAGGCUCACGCAGACAUGAACAAAAUGGUGGUGUUACGACCCAACAACCAAGUGAAGAUGCAAAAGAGAUUGCCUUGAUGGAAGCAAAGAUGAAAAAAAUGUGUGACCUGUUGCAUGAGACAAUUGUACGGACUAAAGAAAAUAUUGAGAAGAAACAUGCUUUAACUUAUGAUGAAAUUGUACAAGAACGCGAAGAGGAUGAAGUACAACCUGAGUCUGAGAGUGAUGAUGAAGAUCAACAGAUCUACAAUCCCCUGAAGUUGCCCAUGGGUUGGGAUGGAAAGCCAAUACCCUAUUGGUUGUAUAAGCUUCAUGGGCUUGGCCAGGAGUUCAAAUGUGAGAUAUGUGGGAACCAUAGUUACUGGGGCCGCAGAGCCUAUGAACGCCAUUUCAAGGAAUGGAGGCACCAACAUGGGAUGCGAUGUCUAGGAAUUCCAAACACCAAGAACUUUAAUGAGAUAACAUCAAUCGAGGAAGCAAAAUACCUUUGGGAGAAAAUACAAGCAAAGCAAGGCCUUAAUAAAUGGCGACCGGAUCUUGAAGAAGAAUAUGAAGAUCAAGAGGGCAACAUCUACAACAAGAAGACAUAUACAGAUCUGCAACGUCAGGGUUUGAUAUGAGUGAACUACCAAAUGCGGCUUUUGAACAUUCUCAUUGGUUUCACGCAACUAAUCUCAGCAGAGCCAUCUAAAAAUUUCUUUGGCUUCCCUUCUUUUGAAGGAAAGUUUUAUCAUUUUUAUGAGAAGCAACCUUGUGUAGAGGCGCUAUCUUGCUUAGCAUACAAGAAAAGCAGGUUUAGAAAUCAACUGGAUUAGAACGACUUGCCUAAGCUUGUCUUUGUGCCGGUCGGGAGAAUGAAGAGCCGAUAAGCACUCAAGAUAAGGUGGUCAUGUCGUCUUGUCUGUAGCAUGUAAUUUUGUUAUCACAAGCUUAUAGCUACUGUGUUGUUGCAUCAUUUAGUGUCCAAUUCCCCAUGUCCCAAAAAUUCGUCCGUUUUUCAUAUUUUGGGUUAUUUAACUUUGCCUCA